UGGUUGGGACAGUUGCAUCGAUGCUUAUAGCCUUGGAAAUUGUUUAAUGGGGAAUUAAUUCUUUUUUUUGCGACAUAUUUUUCGUGAAUUAUGUGGCAGCUGUAGCAAUUAUGAAAAAAAUACUGUUAUUGUCAUAUGCUUUACCUUUCAGUUUGAAAAAAAAUACGCAAAUGUGAGAUUAUACGACAGAAAAAUAAUUGUAUUAUCGUGAAAUAAAAGCAGAGUAUUAUCGUUGUAAAAAUCAUACGUAAACGUGAACAGGAUACGGCGAUUACUUGAAACUGAUUUCUGUGAAAAUCGUGUUUAAAAUGACAGUGAAAAUGAAAAUUAUCAACGUAUGUUUGAUGUCGGCUCAUCUUUUCCUGGGUGUAUUGGGCGAUCUACAAAUAACUGUAGAUCAAUUUGCUGCUUUUAAAGGGUUUGAUCCUACAAAACUCUGCAAAAAUCCUAAAUGUUUGGAAAAUAUAUGUUAUGCGCUUGGCCAUCAAUUAGGAUUAAUAAAUGGCAAUCAAGCUUUUUCCUCCGGCUAUCCAAGAUGUGAGAAGUUUAAUAACGUCAUUUUAUAUGAUAAUGACGGUGGCGUCGUUACGAAGGAACUCACUCUUCCCUUGUGUUUAUGGCCUUCUGCAGUAGCAAUAGCCGGAACAGGCGAUACUGUGCCUCAUAAGGAUGUGCAGGUUGAAAUACCAAAAGACUGCAAUCCAACUGGAUAAUUUUUUGCUUGCAUACGAUUGGGUUCCUACUCAUAAUCAUGAUUCGUGUGGUGGAGAAACCAUUUAUGUACCUAAUUCAUUUUAGUUGGAACUCAUAUGUGUGUAACUAUUGAUAAUGAAAUUGAAUGAUUAUUGA